GGGCGGGCCGACGGCGCGGGGCGGGGCUUAGCGAGCACAUGAAGAAGAAGCGUUGAAAAGUGGAGGAUUCGAGUCAGUUUGUCACAAUUAUCUCCUUGCUCGCUCCUCUAACCUUCCACUUUACUUCUCCAAGACGACAUUGUUCCUGCCAACAUGGCCUCUGCAGAACUCGCUCUGCUCAGCGUGUCAGACAAAAGUGGGCUGCUGGAGUUUGCCCAGAAGCUGCUGGGCGUUGGUUUGAGUCUCGUAGCUUCAGGAGGGACCGCCAAAGUUCUGCGUGAUGCUGGACUGGCUGUCAGAGACGUGUCAGAGUUGACCGGACACCCAGAGAUGCUGGGAGGCCGCGUGAAGACGCUCCAUCCUGCCGUCCAUGGAGGCAUCCUGGCUAGGAAGACCUCCGGCGACGCCGCAGACAUGAGCAAGCUGGGCUACAACCUGGUCAGGGUGGUUGUGUGCAACCUCUACCCUUUUGUCAAGACAGUCUCCAAGCCAGAUGUGCAAGUGGAAGAUGCUGUGGAGCAGAUUGACAUCGGUGGUGUAACUUUGCUGAGGGCUGCAGCUAAGAAUCACGCACGGGUCACGGUGGUGUGUGACCCCGCUGAUUAUUCCCUGGUCACCAAGGAGAUGGAGUCCUCAGGAGACCAGGAUACCAGCCUGGGCACACGCAGGACUCUGGCUCUCAAAGCGUUCACCCACACAGCCCAGUACGACCAGGCCAUAGCGCACUUCUUCCGUGGUCAGUAUGGCCGAGGCCUUGUACAGCUGCCCCUGCGCUACGGCAUGAACCCUCACCAGGCACCAGCCCAGAUCUACACUCUGGGCUCCGGACUCCCUCUUACAGUGGUCAACGGGUCUCCUGGUUUCAUCAACCUUUGUGACGCCCUGAACGCCUGGCAGUUGGUCAGAGAGCUUAAGAGCGCCCUCAACAUGGCCGCCGCCGCUUCCUUUAAGCACGUGAGCCCCGCUGGAGCUGCAGUGGGAGUUCCUCUGACCGAAGAGCAGGCCAAGGUGUGCAUGGUGCAGGACAUGCUGGCAGACCUCAGCCCGCUGGCCACCGCCUACGCCCGAGCAAGGGGUUCCGACAGGAUGUCGUCUUUCGGCGACUUCAUCGCUUUGUCCGACGUGUGCGACGUUCCCACCGCCAAGAUCAUAGCAAGAGAGGUGUCUGACGGCAUCAUCGCACCUGGCUACGAGCAGGAGGCCCUCGCAAUUCUCUCCAAAAAGAAAAAUGGAAACUACUGCGUGCUUCAGAUGGACCCUAAAUACGAGCCUGAGGACACAGAAGUGCGAGUCUUGUUUGGCCUUUACCUCCAACAAAAGAGGAACAGCGGCAUCAUCAAUAAGGACUUCUUCACUAAUGUUGUCUCCGAGGGCAGCCAGCUGUCUGAGGCCGCCCUGCGAGAUCUGACUGUGGCCACCAUUGCUGUCAAAUACACUCAGUCCAACUCUGUCUGCUACGCCAAAGACGGGCAGGUGAUCGGGGUGGGUGCGGGCCAGCAGUCACGUAUCCACUGCACCCGCCUGGCAGGUGACAAGGCAGACAACUGGUGGCUCAGACAUCAUCCUGGCGUGCUCAACUUCAAGUUCUGCAGCGGCGUCAAGCGAGCGGAGAUGGCAAACGCCAUCGAUCAGUUUGUCAGCGACACCAUUGGCCAGGGUCCAGACUUGGAGGUCUGGAAGUCAAAGUUCCAGCAAGUUCCUGACUUUCUGUCUGAGACUGAGAAGAAGAAGUGGAUGACUUGCAUGCAGGAUGUUUCUGUCAGCUCUGAUGCCUUCUUCCCCUUCAGAGACAACAUCGACCGAGCCAAGCAGAGUGGUGUGCGUUACAUCGCAGCUCCGUCAGGUUCUGCUGCAGACCAGCUGGUGAUCGACGCCUGCAAUGAGCAAGGCAUCACUCUGGUGCACACCAACAUGCGACUCUUCCAUCACUAAGUAGUCGCCAUACGUCUCCCAUCACCAAGUUAACUUUAGUCUCUGAUCACCAAGUUAACUUUAGUCUCUCAUCACUUAGCCAACGCUCCAACAGUCACUUCUGUAACUGAAGGUUGAACACAAGUUAACAAUCUUCUGUUGAGUGAAAUAAACUACUGACGUUAA